CCUCGCCCGCCCUCCCCGCCCCGCUCAUCCAACAUGGUCGCGGGGUCCGGCCUGGGGCCGCUGCCCGCCUUCUGGCUCGCCUUCGCCGCGGUUUUCCUGAUCUCGGUUAUAUUUCGCAAUGUGUGGUCGGGCCCGGGUAUUUGCAGCGUGUUAUUUCAGGACUUCAUGCGCUAUGGAAAGAGCAAAAACCUACAUUUCUUUCAGCGGCCUCUCUGGCUCCAGCGCCGAGACCUCCCGAAAAGGUGGUUUUUUCAUUUCUAUGUGGUUUCAGUGACCUGGAAUAUUUUUCUACUUGGAAUUACAUGCCGCAGUCUGUUUUUUGGUCAGCCUUUCCCAGUAUGGUUUCAAGCAUUGCUCGGUUCCCUAUCUGGAAGCAUAUUACACUUAGAGCCUGGUAAUGAAUUAUCUGUCCUCCUGGUACAAAUGAUGAUGUGUAUGCAGGGAGUUCGACGCCUCAUAGAGUGCAUCUUUAUCUCUGUGUUUUCUAACGGUGCCAUUCACCCAGUACAGUAUUGUUGGGGUUUGGUUUAUUAUGUGCUUGUGGGUUUAACGGUGCAUUGUGAAGGACCCCUUCUUGGGACAAAAGCAUACACAGUUCGUGACCUGAUUGCACAAGGACAAUGGUACCAUAUUGCUGGAAUAAUGCUGUUUUUGUGGGGAACAAUUCAUCAACACAAGAGUCAUAUGAUCCUGGCCAAUCUGAGGAAAAACAAAUUGGGUGAAGUGACCAACUUCCGAUAUAGCAUCCCUGAAGGUGAUUGGUUUGAAGUGGUUUCUUGUCCACAUUAUUUGGCUGAACUGCUGAUCUACAUUGCUUUAAGUGUGACCUUUAAGGGACAACACCUUACAUGGUGGUUUCUUAUACUAUAUGUAUUAUUUAGCCAUGCAAUGAUGGCAGCCCAAUCCCAUGAAUUCUAUGUAACAUUGUUUGACACCUACCCCAAAAAGCGAAAAGCACUCAUACCAUUUAUAUGGUAGACAAAAAUGCUGGAGAAACUCAGCAGGUGAGGCAGCGUCUAUGGAGCGAAAGAAUAGGAAUCUUAUAUCAUUUAUAUUGUCAUUUUUCAUAAAGAGUAUUGAGUUUUUAAAAUGGUUUUUCAUCGUAUAAAUUCAUUGGUUAAUUUGAAUGUGUAUUGUACAAAUUAUGCACAAAUUUUACAGGCUUUUGUUAUUAAUAAUUUGCAACGGUCUUAAUGUCUGAAUGUUAGAAAUGUUAACUAAAGAAAAUGCGCUUUUGUACGAAUGACAACGAAGCAAUUUCACCGUUUUAAUUGCAAUGAGUUUUUGAAUCUACACCUAUCUUUUGGAAUUCUUACUGUCAUCUUCCUUUUGUUGUUUGAGAUGCUGUGAACGAAAGGAAGGUGAGAAAUGGCAACAAGCAUUCAGUUCAAUAAGAAAUUAUGUAUAAACUUCCAGAUCAUAACUUUCAUCUACCUCUGUUUUAUAAUGCAAAGGGCUACCUUAAAAUGAUGCAAUUAUCAAUGCAAUAUGUCAUAAAGACAAUAUCAUGUCUCUGCAAGCAGUUAUGUAUAACAAUAUCUGCAUACUGAUUGUGACAAUUGCUGAAUAGUGGAAUUAAAACUUAUGAUGUCAAAAA